ACCGACCCUGCUCCCCCCCUCAUCGAUCGCAUCGAUAUGCAGGCAGGACCCUCCUACAAAUACGAACCACCCAAGCCGCUCCUCAACAUUCACUUUCAGCGCACGAAGAUUCUGUUGCACACAUCUGAGUACAACAAGAUGUUUGCUGCCACAGCCGACAGGCUGGAACCGGUAUUUGCUCGAAUGGAAAAGGAAGAAGGGAGCUUGGAGCCGGAAGUUGUGGCGAAAGUCAGGAGGAUGGGCGAUGGGUUCGACGAGUUGUAUCAUGGGCUGGAGAAGAAGGCGCGCCGGCUUACCAACAGGCACUGGAGAGUUAUCAAGUGCGACCUAAAAAGGAUUGGGCAUGUCUCCUUCGAAGACUUAAGCAGUCGCCUGCUGGAGAUUUGUAAUGAGUUGGCUAGCCUAAACAUCACCUUCAAGUAUGAAGUGUAG